CAAGACUCAGUCAACUCGCAAGAAACACGGGAGCAAGACGCACAAAUACGCCCGUUAUUGACUUUGUCACACUUAAUUUAUUUUUGUUGCCUUGCAAGUUAGUACAAAUUAAGCGAUUAAUUUCGGGUCAUGCUUAAUUCGCGGAAAAAAGUGCGUGCGUUUGACCUCUCUUACUCUUUUAGUUAUAACAAAAUGAAACUUAUAAUACUUAAACUGAUCAAUUUGUGAAUAAAUGUUCCUAAAUACAUACGAAUUCAUAUAUGUAUGUACAUAUAUACAUACAUAGCUAUACCGAAUGUGCACAUGUGUAUUUCAUCUUCACCCCCGAUCGCAACACUGAAAAUAAAAGUGCUAAAAAUAAUGAAAUUCUAAUGAAGUUCUUCCUAUCCGCGUAAAUGUUUAGAUAAUUGUAUUACUGUUAGUCUGCGCAUUCGAGUUAAAAGUUAUACGCAUAUAAAAAUAAGACUUAUUUUCGUAGACACUUCUUUAACAAUAAUGUUCUCGAUCUUUUAACGAUCAUUAUUAUCAAAACGCGAUGUCCGUGAUGUAUCGCCAUGAACGUACCGAAUACUAAAUACUGCAGUGCCGUCGGCAAAUGACAACCAAAAUGGACACUGGAGUACCAUAGAGACACCCAUUUAACAUAUGUGUUCUGAGAACUCAACAGAAUUACUUGCACUCAAACUACACAAAAGUUCGGAAACACAGACAUGGACGCAUAUGCCCUACCAACUUAUUUUCCCCUUGCAUACUCAGAACUGCAGUUUUUGGCGUCUCGUAGGGCGGCAGCUGCCGCCGCUGCAGCAACAGUUUUACCCAGCUCGCCUCUGAAUAAUCAUACCAAUGCUACAGAUGUGAGCAGUUCAGUCCCAGUUCCAAUUACUUCGGUGUCGGAAACAUCGGUAUCGGAAGCCACCUCUGCGCCCAUUAGCAAUGGAGCAUUGCUAAAUAAUCCAGCUACAGGACACUUACAUCACCAUCAGACGCAGCAUAUUCAUGGCCUCGGAGUUGGUUUAACUGGGCAACCACAACCACAUGACUUUCAUCCGGCUUACAGAAUCCCUGGGUAUAUGGAACAGUUUUAUUCCCUACAACGUAGCAGUCCUACGGCAUCCUAUCACGACCCCUAUGGUAAUUGCGCGUCCGCUUUUCACUUGGCCGGAUUGGGAUUAGGCUCUGGUGAAUAUUUAGGUGCGCGCGGUAUGGGCUCUUUGGGUGAGCUACAUCAUGCUGCGGUAGCAGCAGCUGUUGCGGGAUCACUGGCAAGCACCGAUUUCCACUUCAGUAUUGAUGGGAACCUAGGCCCCAGUCCUCGACCUGGAGGCGGUAGCAUUCGAGCCAGCAUUAGCCGCAAGCGUGCUUUGUCUUCAUCUCCCUAUUCCGAUUCCUUUGAUAUCAAUUCAAUGAUCCGAUUUUCACCAAACUCGCUGGCCACUAUUAUGAAUGGGUCGCGAGCCAGUAGUGCAGCCAGUGGAUCUUAUGGACAUAUAUCGGCUAGCAUGGCCCCCCAUGCCAACGCCACGAUGGCGCCUCAUUUGCAACAGCUUCAGGCUCACCUAUUGCGGGCCAGUGCUGGCUUGCUGUAUCCAAUGACGCCCCAACAGACUGCCCUCAGCCUCAAUAACCCUCAAAUAAAUGGUAAUCCAAAAGAAUUAACAGUGGUCAGUCAAGCGCCGGCAUCACCAACAACAAGUGUAGUGGCAGAAGAUUCUCUAACACAGAACCCUAUUAAGAAUUUGUCCAAAAACAAACCCCUUGAACAACCAUCUUCCACGUCGGAAAGCGUAGCCCAAGUAGAGGCAGAUAGCGCUUCUGCAAAUAUAUCGGAGCGACGAUCACGGAUUAAAGCUAAUGUAGGAGCAGUUUAUGCUGGCAGCGGGAAUCCAAAUGGGACUGGAAACGGGAACGGCCACGGUCAGAUAGGCUAUGCAACCACUCCUCUUAACGAAUACGACUGCGCUACUGCCGACACAACGGACAUCAAAGAUGAGCCAGGUGAUUUUAUAGAGACCAAUUGCCACUGGAGAAAUUGUGGCAUUGAGUUUGGUACUCAGGAUGAGUUAGUAAAACAUAUUAACAACGAUCACAUUCAGACAAACAAAAAGGCGUUUGUUUGUCGGUGGGAGGAGUGCUCUCGAGGUGAAAAGCCUUUUAAGGCGCAGUACAUGUUGGUUGUGCAUAUGCGACGUCAUACUGGGGAAAAACCCCAUAAGUGCACGUUCGAAGGUUGCUACAAGGCGUAUUCGAGGCUGGAAAAUCUGAAGACCCAUUUACGCUCUCAUACUGGGGAGAAGCCGUACACUUGUGAAUAUCCCGGAUGCAGCAAAGCCUUCAGCAAUGCCAGUGAUCGAGCAAAACAUCAAAACCGUACCCACAGCAAUGAGAAACCUUAUAUCUGCAAAGCUCCCGGUUGCACAAAGAGAUACACAGAUCCCAGCUCUUUGCGUAAACAUGUGAAGACCGUACACGGAGCCGAGUUUUAUGCCAACAAGAAGCAUAAGGGUUUGCCUUUGAAUGAUGCCAAUUCGGGACUGAGGUUGGAGAGGGAUGUUGGUCAGUCUCAAAACCGUCAAAGUUUACAAGAGCAUCACAUCGACUCUAGUCCAUGUAGUGAUGACUUACACAUGGGUAAGAUGAUUGGUUUGUCCAGUCCUAGUGUCAAAUCCGAAUCGGAUGCCAACUCGCCUCGUCAUGUGCCGUCUAACGGUGAAACCGGAGGUACCAACUCAGCAGCCGAUUGCUUUUUAACCUUCGGUCAAGAAAUGACAACCGAUAUGCCAACAGAAAAUAUCACGUUGGACGAUGACUGGACCUGCGACGAUGAUGUUGAUGCGGCUGACCUUCCCAUCGUUUUACGUGCCAUGGUUAAUAUGGGAACUGGAGGUACAGCCGGAGCCUCCGUCGGCAUGCCGUCAGCGCGACCGCGUUUCCGCAGCCGCCUGCACUCGAAGGGUGUUAAUGCGAGCAGCUCAAUGCUGUGUAAUAUACCGGAAAGUAAUCGAGCGAUUGGAAUCAGCGAACUUAACCAACGCAUUACCGAACUAAAAAUGGAGCCGGGAUCACACUUGAUUGAACCGCAGACACAGACGCAAACGCAGAUUAGCAUUCGCUCUGGACCACCGCCUUCCAACGGAAGCUUUGGGACAGGACAUACUCAAACCCAGGCUUUGGCCCAACUUCGACGAGACAGUCAGAACUCAAAUGCCAGCACCUACUAUUGCAGUAUGCAAAGCCGACGCAGUAGCCAAUCUUCGCAGUUGUCCACGAUAUCGACAAUGCGUCCAGGACCGUCCUACAAUGGUAUUUCAGCAUCCGCAUCGCUGUAUGAUCCCAUAUCGCCUGGUUGUUCCCGUCGCUCCAGCCAAAUGUCGAAUGGUACUGGGACUGUCUGUUUUGCUGCAAGUGGGAUGGGUACAUCUGUAAUGAAUACGAGUGAUAUGGGGCCUGACGCUUCGAGUGGCACCAGGACUAUAUGCUCUGGCGUCCCGUAUUUCGGGUCUCGUAAUACGAGCCUUCCACCUCCACCAUCAUCACAUCUGAUUGCAACGCAUCUGAAGCGUCUUCAACAAAGUGGAACUACAGAAGUUAGUAACCAUUAUCAGCAUCAGUUGCAAAGAAUUGGUCAAAGUGGAAGCGGUCGGUUUUCUAUUCCGAGCAUUGUAGAGUCACCGUUCGCUCGGAGUCAUCUUCAUAACGCCAACCUAGUAGAUCCAUCCUUGCAGAGCAGUUCUUUUAGACGUCAAUCCGAGCCAGUUAUAGCACAGCAUCAACAGCACUUUGAGCGAAUGACUGAACCUGCUAGUCCAGCCGUAAAUGUUUCGGGUCCUAUUUCUCCGACUGUUCCAUUUGGUCAAACUACACAAAAUAAUUUGCAACAAAAUCGACGAAACGCUGACUUAGAAACAAUAACAACCAACACUACCCAGUCUACUGAACAGCAUCCCAAUGAGAAGGUAAAUCUUGAUGAAGUUGAAGAGCUAAUUCUACCAGACGAGAUGCUACAAUACCUUAAUUUGGUAAGGGACACCGACAACCCCACGAGCCAAAACGAAAGUGAGAAUCUUCUUUUAACCCAAGAAGCCAAUGUCAAUAAUCCUAUGAGCAUAAGUUCAGCAAAUAAUAACGGAGCAGUAAAUAUAAGGCGCAUCCUAUCCUCGCAGCCGGACUAUGCAAUGUCGGCAUCAGCAUCGGCGUUUGGUAGUUAUUACUCACCUGGGGAACCCUAUCAUCAGCAUCCUAAUCACUGCAGCUUUGCACAGAGAGUAAAAAAUGAUCGAGCCAUGUAUACACAAGUAGGCCCGUCACACUCUAACAUUGACCAACAUAAAAAUCACACAGCGACUCAGAAUCAGAAUCAUAUAAUCGACUCCUCAAUGACUAGUUUGACAGAGCUUUCUAGCGCCGCUGCUCCCCACGAAAGUGUCUGUGCCGCAAAUGCUGGAAACGAAAUUCAAUGUGGUGUCAUAAGCCAGUCUCAAAUGUCGCCCGCUAUAAAUAUGAACCCCACAUGCGCGAUUCCAAUGGCAAGUGCAGCGCAUCAAAGCGCAAAUAAAUGCGUUAUGAAGACGAGGACAAAGGAUUUGUCCGCCUGCGCUUCUGCUUCCACCGUUGAGCCGGACCAGCCGACCGCCAAUACUGCAUCAAUGCAAUCUGAGACAUACCAACGUACCCUUGAGUAUGUUCAAAGUUGUCAGAAUUGGAUGCAGACCGCUAACACCCCUGCCAACGUCCCUUCUGUCAGUAUGUUAGCACCGCACAACCCUAUUAACAACCCCAACGCUGUGUGGCCGGAUGUAAGUAGCUCAACACACCCGCAUCCUGCCACUAAUUUGGUUAUCAAUGACAUGACUACUUCGUUGAGUUCCCUUCUCGAAGAAAACCGAUACUUGCAGAUGAUGCAGUAAAAGAAAGUGUGUAGAGAGAUUUCCCCUAUUCUCGACUGGCCAUUGAAAUGGUAUUGACAAACAUAGUAUAAAAUCUAGACAACAUGUUUUACCCAAUUUUCUUAAUAACCUGCUAUCCAAUGCAAUGCAUAUUCAAUGGAGAAUAUACAGAGUUACGAAAGCUCUGAAGUUCAGGAUCGACUCUAUCUUGGAAAUGGUGGGGCAAAAUUAACACAUACUACCGUUUAUUUAGUUUACAAAGUUCAUUUACAAUUUAUUUAUGCUUACAUACAACAAAUGAAGUUGCCAUUCAACAUGUUCUUUAUACACGGAAGAGCUUAAGUACUUAUUCCUAAAUACAAGUAUAAGAAAAACUCUUAUGGGUACAGUUAAACAUAGAUUUUAAAUAUAGAUUUAUCGAUUACCCAUUUACUGAAAUGGUUAAUAUGCUAAGCUAGCGCUAUAAGAAAUGUCUAUUGCGUUUGUCUUCCCAAUCAUUCAAAUGAUUCUUCUCGCUCGUAUAAUAAAACAACAAGUCCUUAAUAAAAAGCUUUUGUCUACAUAAAGGAUCCACAUUAAGUUACCCGAUUUGUAAUCGUUGGACUGAAUAAACUUAAUAAUCUUUCUUUAA